GGAAAUAUGGGCGGGGCUAAUCAUGUGACAAUAUACAGAAAACUUUGUUAUCUUACGCGCUGACUUUGCUGCAGUUUUCGUUUAGCUAUGUUACUAGAUUAAAUCGAACAUGCCAGAAGUCCUCGACAAGCUUGCUUAUGAGCAUUGUUGUCUUAAAGGAUGGACUGCCAGGAUGAUGGAGAUGUGUGUGAAGGGGCAAGUUCAAUACUGUUCACGAGCAAAAAUGAAAUCAGUGCACGGGUUCAGAUGUUUGUAGAGGAGAGGAUGCACAACACCAUGCUCACAGGUGCUCUAAUAGGAGCUGCUGUGGCCGUUUGUCUUAUUGGGAUUGUUGUGCUCUUUCUUUACAGAAGAUACAAACUUGCUCGUCAACAACAGCCUGGUGUGCCUCAUUAUCGAUUUAGAAAAAGAGAUAAAGUGCUCUUCUAUGGAAGGAAGAUAAUGCGAAAGGUCCAGACACUGUCUGCGAUUCCUCCUUCAUCCUCUACCUCAGUAUCAAAGCAACCGCAACGCAUACGUAAGAGAACCAAAGUUCUAAGUAUAGCUCGCAAAAUCCUCAGGAUCCGUAAAGACCCCCCCACCUUGCAGCCUAAAGAACCCCCUCCCUCACUGCUAGAGGCUGACCUAACAGAGUUUGAUGUGCAGAGCUCAAACCUGCCCUCUGAGGUGCUUUACAUGCUAAAGAAUGUCAGGGUCUUAGGUCAUUUUGAGAAGCCAGUGUUCUUGGAGCUGUGUCGCCACAUGGUAUUUGUUGAGUUACAGGAGGGUGAAGUUCUGUUCAAGCCAGGAGAUGAUGAUGACAGCAUCUAUGUGGUCCAGGAUGGUCGACUUGAGCUCUGUAUCCAAGAGAAUGAUGGUACAGAGCCAGUUGUGAAGGAUGUGCAUGCAGGGGACAGUGUCCACAGCCUGCUCAGUAUUCUGGAUAUCAUCACAGGUUACCCAGCUCCAUAUAAGACUGUGUCAGCACGGGCAGCAACUCGUUCCACCAUCUUACGUUUACCUGCGUCUGCCUUUGAGUCCGUUUUUAAGAAAUACCCAGAAACGCUUGUUCGCGUCAUUCAGAUAAUCAUGGUGCGCCUCCAAAGAGUCACCUUCUUGGCAUUGCAUAACUAUCUGGGCCUAACAACUGAGCUCUUCAAUCCGGAGAGUCAGGCCGUACCCUUGUCUCAUAUAAAUGGUGUCUUAGGGGAGGCAAACUCGGCGAAGAUGAAUCGACGUCUGCACUUCCAGGAUGAGUUACCGUCUGUCAACGUUGAUCCCAGUGCUGAGACAGAUGGCGUGAAGGACAUCAUCAGAAAGCAGCGAUCCACUUCCAUGCCCACCGACCCAGGUAAUGACUUAAACAUGGUUUGUGAGCGAGCUCGAGUUGCUGUUGAUGAUGCUCCAUCCAGUCCAGUCACAUAUAGAUCUAAUCUGAAGAAGAGUGUGACAAUGCUGCACACACCUUCCGAAGUGUUUCACUACACAGACGGUGGGGGGCACGGUGAUGCCAUCCGCCUCAGCAAGAGCAGCACGAUCCUACAGGCAGCAAAGAAGGACCUGCUGGGAGUCAUCCAGCUUCAGGAUCCCAGCUUGCUUGAGGGCAGGGUGACUCUCCAUCAUGUCAAAGCUGGUUCUAUGGUGUCUCGUCAAGGAGACCAGGAGGUGAGCAUCCAGUUUGUGAUAUCUGGCCUCCUCCAUGUUUACCAGCGAAUGAUCGACCGUGAGGAAGACACACGUCUGUUUGUUACGCACCCCGGAGAGCUUGUCGGCCAUCUUGCCGUCCUGACCGGAGAGCCUCUGAUAUUCACCGUGCGAGCCCAGCGAGACUGCAGUUUCCUGUCAAUUUCCAAAACCCACUUCUACGAGAUAAUGCGUGUGGAGCCCAAAGUAGUGCUGAAUGUCGCUCACACAGUGGUUAGAAGGAUGUCAUCUUUUGUCCGGCAGAUAGACUUUGCUCUCGACUGGAUGGCUGUGGAAGCCGGCAGAGCCAUCUACAGGCAGGGAGAGAAAUCAGACAGCACUUUCAUAGUGCUGAGUGGUCGCCUGCGCUCUGUAAUUAUGAAGGAGGACGGCAAGAAGGAGCUGAUAGGAGAGUACGGACGUGGUGACCUGAUUGGAGUGGUGGAGGCCCUGACCCGUCAGAACCGAGCCACCACGGUGCACGCCGUCCGCGACUCGGAACUGGCCAAGCUACCGGAAGGUGCCCUCAAUUCCAUUAAGAGGAAGUUCCCUCAGGUUGUCACCAGGCUGAUCCACUUACUCGGACAGAAGAUCCUCCAGCAGGUCAACGGUCCUUUGACAGCUCGCAGUUUGGCCCUCCACACUCCAGGCAGUCAGUGGGAUGCAGGGAACCGAGCCUCCAACCUCUCCACCGUGACGGUCCUGCCGGUGUCAGAGGAGGUGCCGCUCACUGCCUUCACCCUGGAGCUGCAACAUGCACUCCUUGCAAUAGGCCCCACUCUUCUUCUGACCAGUGAUAUUAUUAAACAGCGACUUGGAGCUGCAGCUCUAGACAGUGUCCACGAGUACCGUCUGUCCAGCUGGCUGGGCCAACAGGAAGACAUCCAUCGCAUAGUUCUUUACCAGACAGACUACACCCUGACCCCGUGGACACAGCGGUGCAUCCGUCAGGCUGACUGCAUCAUCAUCGUGGGACUAGGGGAGCAGGACCCGGCUGUUGGGGAGCUCGAGCGUAUGCUGGAAGGAAGUGCGGUGCGGGCCCAGAAGCAGCUGGUUCUGUUGCACAAAGAAGAUGGUCCUCAGCCCAAAGGCACCGUGGACUGGCUCAACAUGCGGAGCUGGAUUUCCAGACACCUCCACCUCUCCUGUCCCCGCAGGGUUUUCUCUAAGAGGAGCUUGCCCAAACUGUUGGAGCUGUACCAGCGUGUGUUUGCGAAGCCAGCUGACCGCCACUCUGACUUCUCGCGCCUGGCUCGAGUCCUCACAGGCAACGCUAUUGCCCUUGUUCUGGGAGGAGGAGGUGCCAGGGGUUGUUCCCAAGUGGGGAUAAUGCGAGCAAUCUGUGAGGCUGGCAUUCCAGUGGACAUUAUUGGAGGCACUUCUAUUGGCUCCCUGAUGGGGGCACUGUAUGCUGAAGACCGCAGCCACAGUCGCAUGAGGAUCAGAGCCAAAGAAUGGGCAAUGGAAAUGACAUCGGUUUUUAAGAAGGUUCUGGAUUUGACGUAUCCAGUCACGUCUAUGUUUUCGGGUGCUGCUUUCAACUCCAGCAUCAGCAAUGUUUUCAAGAGUAAACAAAUUGAGGACCUUUGGAUCCCGUAUUUCAAUAUCACAACUGACAUCACUGCCUCCACCAUGAGAGUACACACUGAUGGCUCUCUGUGGCGCUAUGUUCGUGCCAGCAUGUCUCUGUCCGGGUAUCUGCCUCCUCUUUGUGACCCCAAAGAUGGACACCUGCUUAUGGAUGGAGGCUACAUCAACAACCUGCCUGCUGAUGUGGCCCGCUCCAUGGGGGCCAAAGUGGUGAUAGCUAUUGACGUGGGAAGCCGGGAUGAAACCAACCUCACUAAUUAUGGCGAUUCGCUCUCAGGAUGGUGGCUGCUAUGGAAACGCCUCAACCCCCUAUCGGAGAAAGUAAAGGUGUUGAACAUGGCAGAGAUUCAGACUCGGCUGGCCUACGUUUGCUGUGUGAGGCAAUUGGAGUCUGUGAAGAGCAGCGACUACUGCGAGUACAUCAGACCUCCAAUUGACCGAUACCGAACGUUGGAGUUUGGCAAGUUUGAUGAAAUUGCUGAGGUGGGAUACCAGCACGGCAAGACCGUGUUUGAUGUAUGGAGUCGCAGCGGCGUAGUGGAGAAUAUGUUGAAAGACAAACACCAGGAGUUCCACAACACUCAAAGCAAAAACAGUGUGGUGACGUGUCCCAAUGCCUCCUUCACUGACCUGGCAGAAAUUGUGUCACGAAUCGAGCCUGUCAAACCGGCUGUGGUGGAUGAGGAGUCUGACUACCACACUGACUAUGACGAGGAGGCGGCAGAGAGCGCCCUGUCUGACAUGGAGCUGUAUCGCUACACUGAAGGGGAGGAGAUUUCUGACACGGACGAAGAGCCGGAAGGGAGGCGUGCGCGACACACUACCUCACAGAGCGGCGGUCGCCCUCAGGCUGCUUCUCUCACUGACAGCCUACCGGACACGCCGCCAAACCACGAAGUCCAGCCCAGUCAGUCCGGUCGGGGAAGACUGGUCUAGUUUACUCAGACGAAACAUCCACAUUUAACCCAGCUGUCUUUACCACAUUUAACCCUACACUCUCUAAUUAUCACUUUGCCCUCUGACCUGGCCUCUAGUUUAUUUACCAUUAAAAAGACAUCACCUCCAUAAUAAUUUAAGGCAGAAGUACUUGGGUUUGGAGCAGUGUCACCUCCAGAUGCCACAGUAAGCGUAUUACAUCACCAGAAAUGCCUUUUCAAUCUGUUCACUGAUUAGUAAAUGGAAUAAGCCUUUAAGACGCAAUGAGACCUGCAAGCUUGGCACAAGACGGUAACAUUCCACCAACAGAUGGAGAACUUCAUCCUUUUUAAUUCAACCCUUUCUUCUCUCCAUUUGUUGGCGCCUUUUAGAGCAUUUUGGGAGGUUAAAGCGAAACGAAUUGAGCCUGAACUUGACGUGCUUGACUUUGGAACAGACGCGUGAACCCCGUGAACUCGGCCUUUGUAAUAUGCAGCUCGCGUCUCCACUGCCGUCCCGGCCAGCGUUGAAGGGCUGUGAAGGGGGCUGUUAGAUUCAGCGCCGUCGUUUCUGCCUGAUAGCAAGGAAAAAUGUUCAUCCUAGAGUUCAAACAUCACUAAUAUGCAUUAGGUCAUUGAGUGUGAGUGUGACCAAAAAGCUUCAGUUUUUAGUGAGCAAACUCAGCUAACACUGUAAGUGGAGCAGACCAUUGUUCUGUAACUGAUGUAUUACAGGAAGCUUGAAAGGAAAUGUGACCCUACCCUUAAUGCUUCACACUCAGACAAAUUCAGGUACAGGUUAGUGGUACCUACUUCAAAGACCCCCCCCUCCUUUCAUCUGUUUUCUGGCUUUAAUCUAUGACACAGAUGGAGCAGGUGACCCUGUGGAGCUGCUGGGUGAUCUCUAAAGCUGCGUGUCCCAGUACAGUUUGUGUAUGUUUGCUAUUUGCAGCACCAGGCCAGUUCUUCACAGGAACAAGUUGCUACACAAAUGAUUUGGCUUGUCAUGAUGUGUUUUUUCCCCCUGUGAUUAAAAAAGCAACAACAUUUAUAGCCUUCCGAUAAAAUGACCAGGUUUGUGUAGCACAUAUUUAUUCCGUCCAAACAAGUGAUUAAAUUCCAUAUUUAAGCCAAGUAUGUUUAUGAUGAUGAUCUAACCUACAUAAUUGAUAACUGGACGAUCAUUCCAUAUUGUAAAUGCAGCACAUUGCACAUGUAAACAAACUAAUCAUAAUAUUAUAGGGUACAGUCAUAACACUGUACUGUUAAGUUUUGAUUUGUUGUAUGUUUAUAGUUUUUCCAAAUAGCUAUUUUCUAAAUUAACAAGUUCUUACAUUGCAAAGAUGUGCAUUGUUUUAUAACUGACUAACCAUUCAAAACCCAAAGAUGUACACGAAGAUGAACAUGUGCGUUUUCUGGCGUUUCCCUACUAACAUGUUGCUGCUGACACACGUGUACAGUACCUCUCAGCAAUGCUUCAUCAAUGCAACCUUUUUAGUUUGGUUCUUGGACGUGAGCUUUUACAGGAAGCUGCAGUCGUCACUGUUGCUGGUGCUGCAGCAUCUACAGCCUCAUUGUAUGGGCAUCCCAUAGUCCGAACACAUGUAUGAGUAAAGUCAGACUGAUAUGUGGACAACAAAGCUUGCGAUGACCUGUAUGGUAACAACCACUCUGAUGAUGGUCAGUACAUAGUAGAGACUAUGAUGCACUUCUGACGUCAGGUACUUGUCUAUAUUUGAGAUUUUGUUUGUUUUUUACUAAUAAACCACUUAUUAUAAUGA